CGAUAUUUCGGAGCAAUUUGGAUGAAUCGAGUGGAAAAUCAUCGAUUCAAAUGUUUUUUGCAUCAUAAUAAACAGUGGAAAAUGAUGCAAGUGGUGAAGUCCUUAGUUUUGUGCCUUAGUUUUAUGCUAAUCAAUGUCCCUCAUUCCCUCCAAGACGACGAUCCUCGAGGGUGCCAGAUCCCCGAGGUGAUCCGAGGCACCUGGUUCUCGUGGGAGAACGGCAGGAACACCUUGAAUGAACUGAACGCCGAACACAUGACAAACCGAGGGAACUGCAUAGCUAUGAGAGAAGACAAACGCCUCCACUACACCUUUCUCUUCCAGAAGGGCACGUGCUACCACUGUGUCAAGCUCAUUGUCCGCACCAUCAAUGUUCUCGAAAAGUUGGAGGUUCCAUCGUGCAUCGACCUCCCCCCGGGAGUGGAGCCCCGAAUAGACGAGGUCUGCAGCGGAAUCCACAAGGACCAGCAAUACAUCACCCUCUUCUCCGAGAACUACAAGUCCGUCAACUGUCGAUCAUCCCUGGAGGGUGUCUGGCAGUUCGCCUAUCAGAACAGAUUCAGAUUCACCGGUGAAUGCAACAACCCAGACGCACAGAUAAAGUCCUGUCAGACAGCUGGAUCUCAAUUCUUAAUAACAAAUGAAAAAUUCAACAUCACCUACAAGAAAUGUCUAAAUAUGAAGGGAACAUUCGAUGGAGUUGUUGAAUACAGCUGUCUAGGGGACUGGUUUGUGGGAAAGAAUCACUUCUUUGCUGUUGCUAACACCAAAGAAUCCAGGAAGGACGAAAAAUACAGGUGCUUCCUGAGAAAUCGAGACGACGACCUUUACAUGGGUGUCUCAAUCACUGCCGAGUGCAAUACUUUGAAAACGGUGGAGAAAAGUCCUGAGAGGCUGAGGAUCACACCGGUGAAGACAGAGGUCGUUGUGCCGGGCUGCAAACUUCCUCAAAACAUGUCUGGGCAGUGGAUCAACACAGCCAACAUCGAUGCAGACAUUGAUAUCAAUGAGACACAUAUCACUGAGGUUUGGCAUCCUGAUGAGGGCAGAUCUAGAAAGACCAUCUACGUCUGCAAGGAGCAGAAGGACAACAGGUUCAUGAUGGCGAGGUUAUCAGUUGAUGGUUGUCAGAAAGACUACGUCUGCUUCAAUUUCGUCCCUCGACAUCACAAUGUUAUAAGAUUCAGGAAGGGCGUGGCAGUCAUUCAGGAUGAUUUUCACACUGUCUGCUCCUGGGUGCGAUUCGAAAGGAUACCAAACUGGAAGUACAAUCUAUUUCUCGCCAAGUAUCCAGUAGCUGUGAAGUGUCCAGUAGCUGGCAAGUUCAGUUUCGAGCAGACAGGAGAGAUUCCCUUCCAGACGAGGAUUCUCGGUGGAGUCACUCUUUCUCCGAGGCCGACGUUCAUAUGCCAGCGAAAUAUAUCUGAUUUCUCGGUUUGCGGAGGCGACCAAAAGGAAAUAGCUAUCGAUGAGAACUACUGUCUUUCUGUGGAUCAUUUGGGGAGGCCUGUGGAUAUUUACAGUGAUCCCGAUUACAGGAUGAAGUGCAUUGGCUUCUGGAAGGAAAACCUGAAGUCCUAUCUCAUCACUUACGAUGAAUUGGAUCCCUAUAGCAAGUACCGUUGCUGGGUUUAUCAGAGGGCUGAUUUGAACAGAGUUCUCAUGUCUCUGUCUCUUGGGCCUUUCUGCAAGAUCAAUCAAGACGUCAGGAGCGGCAAUUCGUCUGAGGGGGCUGCUGUGGCUAUUGAUAUGACUGAGUACGAGAGGGAGAGGGAUCAAUGUCCCAUGUAUUUCGAUGAUGGUAGCAAUCCUUGGGAGAAGAGUGAAAGUCGCAUCACUGUCUUUCACUUUGGAGUCAGCUCCAGUCCAGGAUUAAUAGGCCUUGGAGUGUCAUCACUGUUGGUGGGGGCGAUUGGAGCUUUCUGGGUUCAUUGAACACGUGUGCUACACUGUCCAUGUAAUUCUUAAAGUUCCAUUACGCAUUUAGAAUUAAGAUGAUUUAAGUAGCUUAUGCUAUUGGUGAUCAAUUCAUUGCGUCCAUUCUUAGGAGUAUGUAGAUUAAUUUUUUACGGGAUGUUAUUGAAAAUUUCAAAAACAUCUGAAACGCACAUAGAUAUUAUUAUAUUUGUUGUGGAUAUUGAAUCUCAUGAAAAUCAACAAAACAGAUUUUGCAAGAUAUUUUGUACUUUAUUUGUUGAAUAUUUACAAUUGUUCAUUGAGAGCAGACACAUCUGUUUUAGCAAUGAUUACGUUGACUAAUAAUUCGAUAAGGAUGAAAUUAAUGUGCAUUCUUUUAUAGAUGUGAACACCCUCUAAUGUAAUAAACUUAUAAUAAUAAAAAUUAAUGAUAAA